CAUGCGCAGACGCUGUCUCUGUUCCUGCUCCAAGUUGAUAAGAAUGGUGGGCGACGCGCGCCUGGCAGCCGCACUUUAGAUUAAGUCACUUCCAAAGGUGCACACAAGUUCACGAGGUUGACCAAAAUUACAUGGAAGAUACUGGCCUACAACUCUCAGAGGACGCCAUUACUGGAAUGCUGGACACUGAGUCCCCUGCCAUGGAAAGCAAUGGGGAUGCCUUUCUUCCUGAUCUACCCGUUUUAGGGCAAGCAGCCGACUGGUCCUUGGACCAGGUUGCUCCAGAGCCGCUCUCCAACAUCUUGCCUGAGGACUCGGAUGCAUCUCAGGAUGCUCCAGGGCAAGAGCAGCAAAUGAACUCCACAGAGCUGGGAUCUGUGGAGAAGGCUGUGGAACAGUUUCAGCUUGCCAGUGCCCAGCUCUUCCAAGAGGAGCAGCCGCCACCUCCUCCUCCACCACCACCCCCACCACAGCCAGCAGAAGAGGCAGAACCAGCAGCAGAGUCUCAGAUGAAUGUGGAGCCAGAGGCUGCUGUACCGGAAGACAGUCAAGAAGGGGCUGAGGCAGCGCAGGUCACUGAGGAUGGCAUGGAGCUCGAAGAACCAUCCAAAGAAACAACACAAGAAUUGACUGUUCCUGCAGAGCCAGAAAUACCCUCAGAAUUUGACAAACUCUUCAAAGGAUGUGAAGACAACCCAGAAGACUUCAACGGCUGGGUCUACCUGCUGCAGUAUGUGGAGCAAGAGAAUGCUAUCCCAGCUGUGAGAAAAGCAUUCGAUCUGUUCUUCCUACGCUAUCCCUACUGCUACGGCUACUGGAAGAAGUAUGCAGAUAUCGAGAAAAAGAACGACAAUAUACAGGUUGCAGAAGAGGUGUACAGAAGAGGCUUGCAGGCCAUCCCUCUCAGUGUGGACCUGUGGCUGCACUACCUGAACUUCAUCAAAGAGAACUCAGAUCCUAAUGACCCAGAAACUGAAGGACGCAUUCGAGCGUCCUAUGAUCAUGCAGUGCUUGCAGCAGGCACAGACUUCCGCUCUGACCGUCUAUGGGAGGCUUUUAUAAACUGGGAGACGGAGCAGCAGAAACUGGCCAACGUCACCACCAUCUACGAUCGCAUCUUGGGCAUCCCAACCCAGCUAUAUUCCCAGCACUUCCAGAGGUUCAAAGAUCACGUGCAGACCAACAACCCCAAACACUUCUUGUCGGAAGAGGAGUUCGUUCAGCUGAGGCUCGAGCUCUCUAAAUCCAGUCUCUCAGCAAUGGUCGGUGAUGAUGGAGAAUCGAAUGUUCCUCAAGAGGAGCUACCACCUGGGACAGAGGAUCUUCCAGAUCCAGCUAAGAGAGUGACCGAGAUCGAGAACAUGCGCCACAAGGUGAUCGAGGUUCGGCAAGAAGUGUUCAACCACAACGAACAUGAAGUCAGCAAGCGAUGGGCCUUUGAGGAAGGGAUUAAGAGACCUUACUUCCAUGUGAAAGCCUUGGAGAAGCCACAGCUCAACAACUGGAAGGAGUACCUGGACUUCGAAAUUGACAACGGAACUCCGGAGCGCGUGGUUGUUCUCUUUGAACGUUGCCUCAUCGCCUGUGCACUCUACGAGGAGUUUUGGAUCAAGUAUGCAAAAUAUCUAGAGGGCUACAGCACUGAUGGUGUGAGACAUGUCUACAAGAAGGCUUGUACCAUCCACCUGCCCAAGAAGCCAGCCAUCCACCUGUUGUGGGCAGCUUUUGAGGAGCAGCAAGGCAACGUAGAGGAGGCUCGCAGCAUCCUGAAGUCCUUGGAAGCAACGGUCCCGGGGCUGGCUAUGGUGCGGCUUCGAAGGGUGAGCCUGGAGCGUCGUCACGGUAACUUGGAGGAAGCUGAGGCGCUGUUGAGGGAGGCGAUGGAGUCGGCGAAGAAUGAGACUGAGACGUCGUUCUAUGCUGUGAAGCUAGCCAGGCAGCUGAUGAAGGUGCAGAGGAGUCUGAGCAAGGCCAGGAAGGUGCUACUGGAAGCUAUUGAGAAAGACCAGACGAGUCCCAAACUGUAUCUGAACCUGCUUGAGCUGGAGUACAGCGGAGAUGUGACGCAGAAUGAGGCGGAGAUCUUGGCUUGUUUCGAUCGAGCCCUGAAGAGCCCGAUGCCCAUUGAGUCCCGCCUCCUCUUCUCCCAGCGCAAAGUCGAGUUCCUGGAAGACUUUGGCAGCGAUAUCAAUGUGCUUGUUGCUGCAUAUGAGGAACAACAGAAACUACAGAAAGAGAGCGAGCCAACAAAGAGAAAAGCAGAGAACGGAUAUGACAGUUCUCAGGAACCUGACGCCAAGAGGCAGCGUGUGGACGACGGUACUGUGGCUGCAGCGAACACGACGAUGGACAUGACAGCAAACAACUCUGCGUACAACUACAACUGGUACCAGCAACAAUAUGGUGGUUGGGGACAAAACUCCUGGGGCCAGUACGGCCAGUACGGCCAGUAUAACCAGUACUACCCGCCUCCUCCUACAUGAUGGACACAAUCCUGAUAUGAAGAUGGAGACUUGGCAUCCUCUCUGACCUUCUUACAUCUUGGAACCUCUUCACAGUGUGUCAAGGAGAUUUCAAAAUCACAAAGGCUGAUCCCCUCCUCCACCCCCAAUUCGUUCUGGUUUGCUAAUCAUUUAAAUUACAUGUUGCAGCUCUGCUACGUUCAUCAUCUCAAGCACUGGCUUCUUUUUUGGGUUCUUAAAUGCAUGUUAUUUGUGGAGGCAGAUUUACUUCCCCCCGUGUGACAAAGGCGUUUUAAUUUUUAGACUGGAUGACUUAGUUUGGUCUCUUUCUUUGUGUUAAAGGUUUAAAACUUGUAAAAGGAGGCUUUGUUGAAGUAUGUCUUAGUUGUGUUUCUCUUUCCCAAACACAAAAGAUUUUUAAUAUUUCAUGGUCACAUUUCCAUGAAGAUCAACGAAGAGUUCCUUCUUUUUUUUUUUUUUUUUUUUUAUUAUUAUUUUGACUUGAUUUCAUAAUAAAGAGAUUGAUAUCCUGAA